CCGGGCUCGGUGCUACACUGCCCCGCCAGACCGUCCCACACCUGCCACCAUCCGAUGGGUCCGCUGCCUUUGUGCCAGCCAGUAGGGCUGUCGCUGCUGCUGCUACUGGGACCCAUACUCUGGCUCAGCGCAGCUUCCCAGAGGUCACAUGUGCACCGACGUGGGCUCAUAGAACUAGCAGGGACUGUGGAAUGUGUUGGCACCCGCUCCUCCAUGGCCUAUGUGAACUACGGCUGCUAUUGUGGGCUGGGCGGCCAUGGCCAGCCGCUGGACGCCAUUGACUGGUGCUGUCAUCACCAUGACUGCUGCUACAAUCGUGCCGAGGAUGCUGGCUGCAGUCCCAAGUUGGAGCGCUACUCCUGGCAGUGUGUCAAUCACAGCAUCCAGUGUGGACCAGCGGAGGACAAAUGCCAAGAACUCAUGUGCAAGUGUGACCAGGAGGUUGCUAACUGCUUAGCCCAAACUGAGUACAACCUAAAGUACCUCUUCUACCCCAGUUUCUUAUGUGGGACGGACUCACCCAAGUGUGACUGACUAGCCUGACUUGAAAUGCCUUUUUUUGCACUAGGAAAUAAAACUCCUUUUUGCUGAUCAACAACCUUAUUCAGUUCUUUGCAGGAGGAGACUGAGGCCAAGUGUUAAAGCCGCAACCCUUGUGUUUGCUUUCUCUCCUGUCCAGGAACUUGGGGCUGGAACCAGUUUGGUUUCCAGUUUAAUUGAUGUCAAAAGUCCUAUGCCUAUUUUAUAAAACCGCAACUGUAUUUAUGACUGUAUUGGGUUUGAUACCAUUUUUGAGGUUUAAUCUUUAUGAAAGGGCUGAGCUUUGUCUUCUAACCUGCUCCCAAGGGCAGUAGUCAAAAAUCAACAAACACUUACCAAGCACCUGGCCUUGUUCUAGGUUCCGGGCUGAGGCAAUAACAAAGAAAGCCACACGGUGCCCACCCUUGUGAAGUUCAAGUCUAGCAGUUG